GACGUAAACAGAUAACAAAGUUCUAGCAAAGCCGGCAAGUUUGACAGUUUACGAGCGAUAUCCGGAGUAACGGGACGUGUCUCUAGUUGUCCGGGACGCGCGGGAGCUUAUGUGACGUGGAAGUGUAGUCCUGACGAUGCUGGUGUUGUUGUGCGCGUGCGCAUAUCUGUCUGCGGGCGCAGCUGCGCCGGCGCCGGCGCUGCAGGGCGCGUCGCGCUGGUCGGUGGCGUCCAGCGUGCUGCUGAGCGACGCGGCCGCCACGGGAGGGGAGCUCGGGUAUCGCCUGCAGGCCGCGCUCACGCUGCGCGCGCAGCCGCUGGAAGGAGGGCUGUUGCUGCACUUCACGCUGGAGUCCCCCCAGCUGAUGCUCCGAGGCAAGCACCGGAAUGCAGAGUUCCUCCCGAAGCCAUCUUUAUGGGACUCCAUGCCCAGCUCCGAGUUCCUGGCCGUGUGGAGUGAAGGCCACAUUACGGAGGCCUUUCUUGACCCCGCGGACCCUCCUGAUGUGCUGGACUAUAAGAAGGCUCUCAUCAGUUUGUUUCAGUUCCAAGUAGAGGAGGGGGAGCGCAACGAGACGGAUGUGUCGGGCUCCUGCCAUGUGCACUACGAUGCCGUCUCCGAGCUGGUCUUCCGGAAAAGCAAGAUGCAAUGCACGUGGCAGGGAGCGGUGGACGAGGAGGAGGAGGACGGCUGCGCGGAGCGACGGCGCGUCGUGCGCUACCGGCUCACCUCGGCCGGCCUCCUCGACACUAUCACUGCCGACGAAGUGCUGCUGCUGCGCGGCACCGACCGCACACACGCGCUUAAGGCGCGCGCGCUGCACACGCUGAGCCGCGCGGGCGCGCCCGCGCCGGCGCCCGCGUCGCCGCCCACCCUGGCCGCCGCACGCGAGCGGCUGCCCGCCCUGCAGCCCACCCCGCUGCCUCUGGAACUGAGACCCGAGUCUGAUGAUGAGCCGAAGGAGUCCCUGUGGUCGGCGCUGGCGGCGCACCGCGCGGCCGUCUCGGAGGCGCGCGCCGGCAGCGCGCAGGCCGCCGCGGCCACGCUGGCGCUGCUGCCCGCCGUGCGCGCCGCCACCGCUGCGGAGCUCACCGCGCUGCUCGGCCAUCCCGACACCGACGAGUUAGAAGGCCUAGUCCGCGUACUCGGCCUGUCGGGGUCACGCGGCGCACAUUUGGCUGCGCGUGAGACGCUACAGCUGCAAGCUAAAGACCCGCCACGGGAACACCUCGGCAGGGAGUACCUCGCCGCACUGGCUUUAGCUCCGGAGGUGGACGAGUUCGUGAUCCGCGACGCGAUGAGGCUCGGCGCUGCGGGCGGCGCGCUGGCGCCCGCGGCGCUGCUGGCGGCCGCCGCGGCGGCGCACGGAGCGCCCGAGGCCGGCCGGGAGGCUCUCGCCAAGGAUAUCAAGAACUCGCUCACGAGAACCCUCUCCAAGUGCAAGGAGGACGCGUGCUCCGCGGCGCGGCUGCUCGCUCUCGGCCAGCUGCGGCGGCCCGAGCUGGCGGAGCUGCUGCUGGAGCACGCCGAGACGGGCGCGCCGGCCUCCGCGCGAGCCGCCAUUGCUGCGCUACGGGCUGUGGCUCAACAGGGCUACUACGGUGGGCGGCGCCGCCGGCUCGAGGCUAUAGCGCUGGGCCUCGGCCGCCGCCGGCCGCUGGACGUGCGCGCGGCCGCGCUCGAGCUGGUCGUGCUCUCGGCGGCCGACCGCCCGCUUGCACUGCUGGAACUGACGAGCGGGCUCCGCGAGCGCGGGCCGCGCGAGCUGCGGCGGCUGUGCUGGCUGCGGCUGCGGCAGCUGGCGGAGACCAGGCCCGAGCUGGCGGCGCUGCUGCCCUCGCUGGACCCCAGGCCUAGAGACUGGCUCCGGAGAGCUCACGACGGUACGUCGUCGGUGCUGGAGCGUGCGGCGCACUGGGCGCGGCUGGACUCGUGGCAGCUGGCCGGCGCGGGCGUGCUCAGCCGCGGCAAGGUGGAGCUCGCGGCACACACGCCCGCCGAACAAAUACAUCUGCUCACCGUGGAGAUAUGGACGCGCGGCAUGGAGUCGUUCGCGACGCCCCCGGCGAUACCCGGCGCGGCGAGAGAGGCCGAAGACGAACUACAACCGGAGGAAGAGGAGCCCGUCGAGGGGGGGCUGGCGCUCACUGUGGGAGGGGUCAGGAGGCCGGAUGUCACGCUCUUCAACGGACAGGGCGAGCUUCUGGGCCACAUCUGGUCGGGCGCGGGCUCCUCCCCGACGGCGGUGCUGCGCGCCGUGCUGCCGCGCGGCCACGUCACCCACCACUACGCGCUGCAGGCCGGCCUCGUGCUGCGCGGGGGCGUGCAGCGCGCGCUGGCUCUAGCGCAGGACGCGCAGGCCGGCCUCGUGCUGCGCGGGAGCGUGCAGCAGGCGCUGGCUCUAGCGCAGGACGCGCAGGUAACGUUGCCGGCCACUUCGGGCACGGGUAACGUUGCCGGCCACUUCGGGCACGGGUGCCUCCCCACCCCCAUCCCUCGCGGCCACGUCACCCACCACUACGCGCUGCAGGCCGGCCUCGUGCUGCGCGGGAGCGUGCAGCAGGCGCUGGCUCUAGCGCAGGACGCGCAGGUAACGUUGCCGGCCACUUCGGGCACGGGUAACGUUGCCGGCCACUUCGGGCACGGGUGCCUCCCCACCCCCAUCCCUCGCGGCCACGUCACCCACCACUACGCGCUGCAGGCCGGCCUCGUGCUGCGCGGGAGCGUGCAGCAGGCGCUGGCUCUAGCGCAGGACGCGCAGGUAACGUUGCCGGCCACUUCGGGCACGGGUAACGUUGCCGGCCACUUCGGGCACGGGUGCCUCCCCACCCCCAUCCCUCGCGGCCACGUCACCCACCACUACGCGCUGCAGGCCGGCCUCGUGCUGCGCGGGAGCGUGCAGCAGGCGCUGGCUCUAGCGCAGGACGCGCAGGCACAAGUAUCCCUCUGGGGGCGGACGGCGCGCGCGGGGCUGGCCCUGCGCGGCGCCGGCGUGGAGGCCUGGAGCCUGCGCCUGCGCACCGAGUGGGGCGGCGUCACGGCGCAAGCGCGCGCGGAGAUAGAGCCGGAGCUCACUAUCGCGGCGGCGCUAGAUUUCUACGACAAGCCACAGUUGUGUGUGCAUACCGCAGUUCCUGACUACACGUACAGCCGCAACGUGACACUGGAGUCCGUCCUGGGCGACAGUCGGCUGCUGGUGCGGCGCUCGCGCGUGACGUCACUGCCCGUCCCGGGGCGCACGCUCGCGCUGGGCGCGCCCAACGACGCCGCGUGCGCCGCGCUCGGCGCCGAGCACCGCGACUAG